CACAGAGGAACUCAUAUUGUCAACAACUCUUAAAUUCUCAAGCAAACUCUCACAUCUUUCUAGUUUUUGUUCACUUAAGGCUUUUAAAAAGAUGAAGCUUGUGUUUGCUACAUUGCUUCUUGUUACACUGCUCCUGAGCUCUUCUUUUGUUGAAUCCACCACUGAUAGCUCAGGUAUUUGUCACUCAAAGUGCGAAGUGAGGUGCAAGGAUGCAAAAAAGAAGUAUCGGUGCCUCAAAUACUGCAAAUUAUGCUGCGAGGAUUGCAACUAUUGUGUGCCUUCUGGUACUUUCGGAAACAGGUCCGAGUGCCCUUGCUACCGUGACAAGAAGAACAAAAGGGGCAAGCCCAAGUGCCCUUAAAAUAAGUUAGCGGAAAAGUUAUGUACACAGAACUCGUGCACAUAAAAAUACUCUGAAAAUCAUUGUGUGAUUGAUUUAAUUCAUGUAUUGUGAGAGUUCACAUAUGUACAAUGAAUCUGAGCACAUAAUGAUUUUCUUGGUAUAUUUAUGUAAAUAAGUUCUGUGUAUCUAGCAUUGUGGAAAUGUUAGAUUCGCAACUCACCCACUUGUUUAUCUUCGUCUAGAUUAGGUUAUGUUGUGUUUGUUGUGCUUUCUAGCUAAUAAAGAGGGAUGCUAUAUAUCACUAUCACUCUGGAUAAUAUUUUUUUUACAUCUUAUGUGGCGUGAAUCCUUGUAAGUAAAAAAAAAAAAAAAAAAAUUCCCAUAGAAAAUUAAUCCAGUGACAAAUAUAAUGUUCCUUAGUUUUAUCUUUAUAGAAGAAUAAUGGAUUGAAAAAGAGAUAGGUUAAGAAUAAAAUAAAUAAGUUCGGAAUAAGUGGGAUUUAAGCCUGAUGUAAUAUUUGAUCAUGGUUAUCUGUAGUCCAUUCGUUGUUGACUUUUCUUGGCAUACCUUUCUUGUAACCACUCUACUGAUUUGAUACAGAUUUCUAUUACUGCA